CAGGGGCCCAUCACUCUAUAGUACUUUUCUACAGAAACCAAUCGCGUAGCCUCUAUUGUUACGGUAUUGUUACCAUUUCUCUUGUGCGUGAUCAAGCAAGAUAAUUCAUUCGUCCCCAAGGAUGCAGUCACGGUCCAUGACAUAAGCCUGAAUGUAAGCGCUGUUUAAGUCAACAGAUAGGUUAUCUGAGUUCUGCUUGUCGUGUGGUCCAGGAGAAAUGACAGUGAUUCUACUCGUGUUAUUUGCUUGUAAUGCKUUUUCUGGCUCGUUUGGCGAAGCAAGAGAACCACCAGCUUGUCCCACAUUAUCUGUUCACAAGAGAUGUCCAGUUGGUCUAGCCAAUCAGUGUGCAAAAGACUCGGAYUGUCCAACCUUUACGCGGUGUUGCUGGGAUGGAUGUAACAAAAGAUGUGUGGACACGACAAGCAAACUUGCAAUAAACUCACGUACCAAGUAUGGAGGUUGCCCAAGACACGACAUGCSGAACCCUUGCUCCGCUAAUUUUGACUUGUGCUUGGACGACUCGUACUGCCUUGGUGACGAGAAAUGCUGCAUGGAUGCCGACUGUGGAAAGAAAUGCAUGUUACCGAAGACACUUGCGGUAAUCAAAAAUGCUACACGAGCGUUUAAGUGCCCACGUGUCAAGUCUCACAAGGRCAAAUGUCCUAAGAAUCCAUCACAUAAAUGCGCAUUGGAUUCUGAAUGUCCAACUGACACAGCGUGCUGUUAUGAUGGAUGCAGAAGGCGAUGCACAGAUCAAAAUGGAGAAUUAGUACCGAACAGGAAAGGGUUGUCCUGUCCAUUGUUCACACCACCAGUUGGCUGCCCAGUWUCGUUUAAGGAAUGCAUCAAUGAUGAAGACUGCAGUUUCUCCAUGAAGUGUUGUUCUGAUACAUGUAACCACUGGUGUAUGCCAUCUCUGCCUCAUAGAGUGAAUAUACCCGAUAAAGUGGACCCUAUCCCCACCGACCCCAGUGAAAGGAAUCUCUACAAGCAAGGGAAGUGUCCAGUCAUGCCUAAACUAAAAUCCUGCGAGGGCCAGGUAUUUCAGUGCAACUAUGAUGUAGACUGCUGGGACAGCGAAAAGAAAUGCUGUGAUAAUGGAUGCGUUACAGCAUGUGUAGAUCCAGUUUUUACUACGACUGGUUUGAUCGCUACUCCAGCAUUAACAACYAGAAGAACAACAACUUUUAGAACAGGUCCAUUAGUGACAACGUCUACAGUUACCAUAAAUCCAAAAACAAAGUCAAGACCUACCACAACAGAUCCAUUAGUGACGACAUUUAGACUAACCACAAUGCGAAAGACCACACCAAGACCCUUCACAGCAGAAAUAAAAACCCCGAAAGUGACUAGAAAAACCACGCCUUAUGAUGCCUUCACAACAGAGAAAACUACACUGAAGACAUUACCCCCUACUACAACCACCACCUCUACUACUACUAUGCGAACUGGACGUCGUAAUACUGAGCCAAAAGUAGUCGUCACGCAGCCAAUAUUUACUGAAAUGAAGACCUCUCCACCAGUAAAAGAUGGUGUUACAAUCUAUCCGAAGACCGAUGAUGCAGUUGUUGGAAGCAGUGUCAAAGYUGUUUGUUACGUAAGAGGCGAGCCUUUUGAAGGGUGGUAUGAUCCCAAGGGCCUGAAGAUAACAAGUACUAAAGACAACAGUGACACGUACGUCUAUGGGCAUGGAAAUGACUACACUCUUGUUAUUGACAAAGUUGGAGAAGAGCAUGGUGGGAAAUACACUUGCCGGGGUGCUUUUGCUAAUGAUACCUAUUCAUUGACUAUUCCAUUGGCUGUUAGAGAGUCAGAAAUCAAAGUAUUCCUUCGCUCUGGGGCAACUGGGAUGAUUAAAGUCCCAAUUCAAGGUUUUCCACGACCGCAGAAAUACGAAUGGAUGAAGGCAUACGAACCUCUAGAUGUUAACGAUGGCCGAUAUUCCGUAACCCUUGGAGGAACGCUCAUUAUAAAGGAUGUCAAGAUGUCUGACAAGGGGAAAUAUUCUGUAUCUGCAACUAAUCUGUAURCGAAAGACAAUGGAAUAUUUACUUCAAUGGUUGCUCAUAGGGUCGAUGUCGAAGCUAYUCUUGAAGUUAUAGGAGGAAAAUGUCCAAUGCCAAAAAGGACGAGCUGCUUGUUUCAAGCAAAAGAUGAAUGUGUAACAGAUGAAGAAUGCGCGAGAUCGUCUAGUUGUUGUUCAGACGGAUGUAGAAAGACAUGCAUCCAAAUUAAUGGAAAAAAUAAAGAUGACGCCAAGCCAGGCUACUGUCCUAUUCUUCUCCCUCCUGAMAAGUGUCCAUCUUCCAUCAAGAAAUGUUCUCACGAUAACCAUUGCUAUGGAAACCAAAAAUGCUGUUCAGAUUCCUGUACUCUUAGAUGCACCGAUCCCAAUUUAAUAAGCCCCGAAUUUAUCCCAGGAGUACAGAUUUAUCCAUCAAGCAAGACCAUGUGUAACCCUAAUAAACCCAUUAGGUUCGUCUGUAGGAUUGACAAACAGCCAUUUGAAGGUUGGUUUGAUUCGUACAGCCGAAAGAUYCUACCUGAAACACAUGGCACGAAAAUGCAGGUGGAGGAUCAURGGAUAUAUCAAGUAUUGGUGAUACAUAACGUGACUGCAAAGGAUGGUGGGAGAUAUGUGUGCCAAGGUGCUUUGGACAAUGCUGCAGUUGAACUUAAUGUUAACCGUACAAUCGACAAAUACGACCAUCCAAUAAUACUCCAUCCCGGAAAAUCAGGGCUAAUCCUCCAGAAUGUCAAGUGCUAUCCUAUCCCAAAGUUUGUCUGGUAUAGAAGAGGAAGACCUAUUGACCUAUCGUCAUCUGAUCGCUACAGCGUAAGCCCAAGUGGGUCUUUAGCAAUACGGCGAGUCAGAUCAAUAGAUAUGGGUCUGUACACCUUGAAGAUUCUUCAAGGUGGUAAGGUUCUGGAUACGGGAGUAAGGGUGGCUGCAGCGAUCGAAGGAGUAGAUUUUACAGAAUGGCAAGAUUCAUUUGCACCGGGUGCUAGUGUACGAUGCCUCAAAGACACCAUGUACAUCGACCUAAAGAAAAAUGCCUUGAGUGGAUACAGUGAACUUGAUCUGACCCUCGCCAACAGUUCCUGUAGAGCAACUGCAAAUCAAACUCACUACACUUUAAAGGCACCACUAAUGGGGUGUGGAACAGUGACGAAAUUCACCGAUGAGGCUGUGGUUUACAGUAACGUAGUCAAAGAGUACCGUAGAAAAGGCAUGAUCACUCGUAUUCAAGACAUAAGRAUACCGUUUAGCUGUUUUUAUACCAAGGAGGGUGUGACGUCUACGUUUGGACUCCUGCCAACAAAGGUACGUAAAAUAUUAGAUGGUGGAAAUUCUACAACGAAAUUUGAACUUGGCAUGUCCCUGUAUCGUGACGAGUCAUUCUCGUUAGCAUACGGUAUUGGGGACUUCCCGUUAAAAGUGACCGUCAACAGACCUCUGUAUGUACAAGUAAGCAUUGAUUCUCCUGACAAACGUCUUUCGGUUAUGGCUGACCGUUGCUACGCGACACCAACACAGAACCCAGACCAUGUCAUGCAGUACGACAUCAUCAAUGAUGGAUGCGCAGUGGAUCCAACGGUGCAGUUCUAUAAAGGAAGCUACAACGUCCAACGAUACAGUUUUAAAGCAUUUCAAUUCAUUGCGCAAGGGCGACAGUUUGUCUACAUACACUGUCAUCUCAUCGUGUGCAACGCAUCGAACGCGGCUUCACGAUGUUYACAAGGAUGUUUGUCAAGUCUUGGAAGAUUGAGACGUAGCGUUAGUUCUACAACAGAGGUGGAUCUGACUCAAGGACCGAUURUUAUGGAAAACCGACCUAAUGCUUUAGGGCAAAAGUCAUUUGGUUCCUCUUUCCAAAAGUAUGUUUGGAUAAUGGUUGGCAUGGGAGGGUUUUGCAUCAUUUGUCUAAUCAUAAUGAUGUACAUGAAGAAACAGAUCAGUAAUCAUCGCAAGAUACCACAACCUGACCCUGACAGAGAAACGAAUGUUUGAUCCAACCAACAUGGUCAUUGACGUUUGCCUUGUUAGAUUAUAGCURUUGUGUAUUGCUUCCCCAAAGUAAAUCGCGCAUAUUGAUGGUUUUCAACCAUUCCCAAGWGAACUAAAUAACAAAAGACACGGCGGCCUUGUUGGAGGAUAUAACAAAAGAAUUCAUUGACAAUUCUUUUGUUAAGUUCCUCCAACAUGGCCGCCGUGAAAACCAUCAAUUAUAAAAAUGAACUAUGAUGACAGUAUACGACAGCGCUUUGCCAAACUCUACAGCUAAUCAAAAAAAUGUUAGUUAUGGUGUCGUUGAAUAUUGAAUGAUGUUUACCAAGCCGAAAGUGCACAGUUAUGGUUUACGAGAAUUAAUUCAACGAAUGGUCAAAAAAUAUGGAAUUUUCGCAAACUAUGUCGACCGUAMGUUUUUCCGUCGUAGUUUCUUCCUAGCUAACAAACACAUACUUUACACAUAUGAUCCGCCAUGCAUUAGAAACUUGGUACAUAAAAUGCAACAUACCCUUCACCAAUAUUUUUUGCAAUAGUUGUAUCAUUCCACAACUGCUUAAAUGACGACUGUAUGUUUUUUCAGCCUCCUUAUCAGGUUGUUUAAAAUGAAUAUAUUAUAACGGGUGUAGCCUAAAGACCAAUAUUGAAGCAGUUCUAAUACAGUGGUUGACCAUUUAUUCACCCUAUAACGUUUGCUUGAUAUUAUUUCAAAAAACAUCAAUGAAAAGAAACCAACAUGGCCUAUAUGUUGGUUGUCGUAUCAUUCUCUUAGAAAUGGUGGCAGCCCAUCUAUUGUGGCAAAAAUGAGGAACGCUGCGGCAAAAGACCUCUUCGGCUUGGGGUAAUGUUUUCCCAUUUCAGACCACGUGUCAUUCCCUUGAGAAUAAGAUUCUUUGUUUGAGCUGUAUCCAUAUUCAUGUGUCUUCUCAUGUUCAACCGAGCGCAAACCUUAAACAAAGAAAUUAUACUCUAGAGAAUGACACGUGGUCUGAAAUGGGAAAACAUUACGUCAGAGCCGAAGAGGCCUAUUAAAAUCUCUAUUCGACAUCACUAGUACCAUAUUCGGUGACCUGUAAUUUACAUUGUAUGGUGUGAAGGCUCCUUGGACAAAAAUCAUAGAUAUAAAGAUAUUGACCAAAAUAAACCAAAAUAACAUGCUACAAAAAAUCAAUUUUUCUGGGUUCGUUGAUCACAAAACGCGUUUUUGGAGUUGAAUGUGAUAAGAGACUAAUAAACAAGUCAUGGACGGUAA